AUAUUCACUUCUUGAGAUGAUCAACUAUUAGUUAUGAUUUCUGAACUUGUUUGUUGUAAGCCAAAACAAAAGUGGUCUUCUUUGAACGAGUUCCCCUACUUGCAUUUCCGAGGCCGACGGGAAAAUCGGUAAACUGUAAACUGUUGUGACAAUUGUUUUUAGCUAAAGUUGUAAAUAAACUUACACUGAUUAUGUAGACACUAUCUACUAGAGUCUAUUGGAGGCGAUGUAUCAAUUAUAGAUUUAAUUUAGACACUGAUUUAAUUUAAUAUUAAGUGUUGUGCACAAUCCAGCUGUGGUAAGAUGAGGUUAAAAAAAUCCAAAAUUCGCCAUGUCAAGCAGCAAAUGCUAGAUAAACUAAAAUUAACUAAACCCGCAGUUUAUGAUCCUGAGUUUAAAAAAACUGUUGUUUCAUUUGCUGAAAAGAAAGGAAAUAAGGAAGCUAGAAGGCUGUAUGGAGUGCCUGAAUAUAAUAUUAGGAGAUGGCGGGGAAAGACUAGACAUUAUGGGCAGCCACCUGAAAUACCUGAAAUUGUUCCUAAAAUAGAACCUAAGCAGGAAGUUGAUACAUUAGAUUCUAUGCCCCUCCAGCAACGUCUUAAAAAUCCUGCGUCUUCAACUCCACCACCUGAAUCACCUGAGCAAGUAUUACAAAGCCAACCGCUCUCCCCUACCAAAUUAAAAGUAACAAGACAUGUCAAACCCUCCGCUCCAUCACCUGUUCAACUUCCACCGCCGCCACCAACUCCACCAAUUGAGGAAGUUUGUCUUAGAUGGAAUAGCCAUCACUCUAAUAUGCAGACCACUUUUCCCACUUUGCUGCUUAGAGAACAAUAUGUGGAUGCCACCCUAGUAGCUGAAGGACAAACUCUGAAAUGUCACAGGGUAAUUCUCUCAUCAUGUAGUCCCUAUUUUGAAGAAGUUCUUGCGAGUAUAAGUCCAUAUCAACAUCCAGUACUUUUUAUGAAAGAUGUUCCGUUUUGGACGUUAAAAUGCAUUUGUGACUUUAUGUAUUCAGGAGAAAUUCACAUUAUUCAGACCAAACUAGAUGAACUCUUAGCCAUUGCAGAGACAUUAAAGAUAAAGGGAUUAGCUGGCCAAAAAGAUGCCCAAACCGUUGACACCAAACCGGAUUUGACAAUUCCUAUCAAGGAGGAAAAAAAUGAUGAAAAAGAAGUGAAGAAAAAGGAUGAAGUAAAGAAGAAAGAAGAAAAAGAAAUAAAGAGAAAAGACGAAAAAGAAAUAAAGAAGAAAGAAGAGAAGGAAGUAAAGAAGAAGGAUGAAAAGGAAUUAAAAAAGAAAGAAGAAAAGGAAAUCAAGAGAAAAGACGAGAAAGAAAUAAAGAAGAAGGAAGAGAAAGAAAUAAAGAAGAAAGAAGAGAAAGAAAUAAAGAAGAAGGAAGAGAAAGAAAUAAAGAAGAAGGAAGAAAAAGAAAUAAAGAAAAAAGACGAAAAAGAAUUUAAAAAGAAAGAGGAAGUAAAGGUACCUGAAAUAAAACCAGCUAAACGAAAAGAAGAUAAGGAAAUCAAGAAGAAGGAUGAGAAAGAAGCCAAAAAGAAAGAAGAAAUAAAAGAAGUAAAAGAAAAGAAAAGAACUUUAUCCACUCCUCCACCGGAAACGCCGGCCUUAAAGAAUAGAAAGGUGCCCAAACUUGUGCUUCAUGGUAAUAUACCGGUUUUAAAGAGUUUUGGUAUAAGGGCGAGAAAUAGGUCUGGUGGAAUAUCAAGGCGAUCCGAAAAGAAGCUAGAAAAAGAGAAAACACCCGUAAGCGAAAAACAACAAAAAAUACCCAUAACCAAAGAUUCACCAGGUCCUAGUUUUUCAAAUCCUUACGAUUUGUUAAAGCCUGUUUAUGAAGAGGUUGCUAAAAACCUAGAUCCGAAACCGGCUAAAGUUGUUCCUACAAAAGAAACUGUGAGGCGCACAUUACAAAAGAAACUUAAGAAAAGGAAGAUUUCAGAUACGAGAGAAGAAUCCCCUCCACCUUCCAGUUCCCGUAAAGGACGUCGCAGAAAAGUUCCCAAGUACUCACAUCCAAAUCCACUUGCCAACUUUGACCAGUCUACAAUAGUCAGAGAACCACAUACAGAUCAAGCGGAAUCUUUUCUCCAGAUGCAAGCGAUAAAGUCAGAACCGCUCUAUGACGACUCUAUAGAAAUUGAAGACAAUCUAGUAGGUUUUAGCGAAACUUCCGUGUCUGUAGAAGAAAAACUAAUUGGAAGUUUCGGUAGGAGGAGUACGAGAAGAUCCAAGCAACAUAUCAUAAUGGACGUGAACAAAAUUGCUAGCAAAAAGGAGGAACCUACUUUAAAGAUAGUGAAUGUGGCAGAACUGCAAACAGCAACGGAUCCUUUAGAAGACCCGUUGGGCUUGAACCAAAGCAGUUCAGACAGUACUGCUAUUGUGGAAAAUGCUGAUAACAACCUGGGGUUUCGCAUUAGCCAAGUUAUAACUGAAAAAGAAGAUAGCCAAUCUUCCGACGUUUGUAGAGAAAUGGGAUUUCAAAUUAGUAGCAUUGUAAGUGAACACGACAAAGACAAUAAAAUGGAUGAUGAAGUGACAACGAAAAUUGAAGCACCUGAUGAGGAGGAAGAAGUUUUUAAUGACUUUGAAGAUUCAACGUCUCAGCCUGAAGAUCAGAAACCGAUUAUUUUUCCAAUUAUAGAUGAAGUAGACAAAAAGUCAGAGAAUAUUUGUCAAGCAGUUGAUCAAUCAGACAAUGCCAAUCUGUCGAGAGAAAUAUCAAAGGAGGGAAUAACUGAAUCAAUGAGUACCACCCAGGAAUAUAAUCUAGAUAACACAACUGAUAUAACUUUCAAAAUAAAAACGGAAUUGCUUACCGAAACAGAAAAUGAACCUGAGAUAAGUCCAGAAGAAGAAGAUGGCAUUCUUAAUGCAUUUGAUGAUGAAACCGACGAAGUUGAGGACCACUCAACUAAUCCUAUGGAACUGGGUCAUGAAUCUGAACAGUCUAUGGAUCAUGCUGAUGAAAUUGUAACUGCAUCUAAUGCCUCUUUGGAGAGUGAAAUGACAACGCAAAUACGAGUUGUAGAAAGUGUUGAGCAGGUUGUGAGCCAUUCAAAAUGUUCAGAUCCGGUGGGAGUCCUUACGGAUGAGUCAAGAUCCCAACAAUCUCUUAAUGAAACCACUUUAGAUAACUUAAGAAAUUCGGAAGUGACAGAAUCCACAGCAGAAAUAUCGACUUACGCAACCAUUGGUACCAACAAUGAAUCAGUCGUCAAUAAUGAAGAAAGUGCUUCCUUUUUACCACUUGGUACUGUUAGUCUCAGUGCUAAUCAGUUAACUCUUCAGGAUAGUUUAACAAGCCCCAAACCGUCUGAGUUUUCUCUAACGAAUGAUGAUGAAAAACAUUCGUAUGUAGCAAAUACCGAAGUAGACCCCCUCAAUGAAGAUCAUCUUAUGGAUGAUGAUUUUAACGACGAUUCAAAUCAGAUAAAUGAAACUAAUGAUUUUGCGAAGAGUCCACAGACAAUAAAUGAAAAUUUGGAAAAGGAUUCAGACAUCAUCGAACCUAAUAUAGCCCCAUUAUCUGGUUGUUCGAGUACUCAACAUUCAAUAGAUAAUUCAGUUGAAAUAUCUCUCGACCUAGGAUCAGAUAAACUAGAAGACAUGCCUCAACCGACUGACGGGAAUUUAGAAACGCUUGAAGAAUUACAAGCUCCUGAAGUUUCUCCUUCCUGUGCAAACUUACCGAUGGAAGAAGAUUUUAUAAAUGAAAACGAAGAAGUUGCAAACGAAAUUAAAUCGAUUGACGAUAUAUCGGUUGCACAAGAAAAUACUCACGUUGAAGAAAAUCGUGUAAAUUCCCCGAAAGAUAAUUCACUAAUCAAUUCAGAUUUGGACAAAGAAAUAAGUAUUCCUGAUUCUUCAAAUGAUCUACAAUUUAAUGAAAAUCUGAACGAGGAAUCUAGAACGGAUACACCUCAAGAGAAUCCACAAAUUGAUCAGCAAUUGGAUCUAAAUAAGGAAGAGACUUCACAAGUAGAAGAAUAUCAAGACAAAGAAAUCACUCCAGUUGAUUCCGGUAAUACUUCACCAAUUAAUGUGAAUGACACUCAAAAUAAAGAAAACAUUGGAAAUGAAGCAUCAGGAUUUGACAUAAGUGAAAGUAAUAACGAAAAUCAACAAAUCGAUUACCAAGAAAAUUCUAUAAAUUUGCUGCAAAUUGAAUCUGAUCGACAAAGUUUACAUUCACAACCACAAAAAGAAGAAGAGUGUUUAGACUUAAAUCAACAAAUUUUAUCAACAGAAAAUGAUCAAAUGGAAGAAGAGUAUGACAAAGAUUACUUACGUAGCCCACAAGGUGCAUCUAACCAAGAAAAUUUAAAUGUGUCUCAAGAAAAUCAGAUGAUGGAAGAAGAGUAUGAUCAGGAAAUGUUACAAGGUGACUUUGGUAAUGAUAGUGCACCCCAAGAAAAUCAACUACUAAUGGACGAAGAUAAACCUCCAGAUGUUAAUCAAGUUCCACUAGUGGAUGAUAGUAGUUCUAUGGCAAUGGACUAUGAAGAAGAGAAUAAUGCCAUUGAAGAGCCUGUAACGACUUUAGAGGAAAAUAAAAUGAACUUCAAUCAAGGUGAUAGUUCCAAUAUUCCUCAAUAUGGUACGACUGAGUCAAUGCAAGAAGAUGAAAAUAAAAUAAACUUAAAUCCAAGUCACAGUACUAAUAUUCCCCAAAAUAACGUGAGUGAGUCGAUGCAAGAAGAUGAACAUAAAAUAAACUUCAAUCAAAGCCAUAGUUCUAAUAUUCCCCAGUAUGAUGUGACUGAGUCGAUGCAAGAAGACGAAAAUCAAAUAAACUUCAGUGAAAGCCAUAGUUCUAACAUUUCUCAAUAUCAUAUGCCUGAGUCAAUGCAAGAAGAUCCUACAAAUAUUGAUGGGAGCGUUACUAAUGAAAAUUCUUUAAAUUCCGAAAUGCUUGAUGAGAAUAUAGAAUUAAAUACACCCAUUAUUGAAAAAUGCGACAUUUCAAAUAUGCCAGAGUCUCUUCCACAUGACUAUAUUGAAAAUAAGGCACUAGAUGAAAGUAGUUCAAAUGUACCUCUCCUAAAUGAACCUCUAUUUUCUACCAGUACUGGAGAUGAUGAAAUGGAUACUAAUAUAAUUCCUUAUGAAGAACAUCAAGAAAAAAUAAUGUCCAUUAAUGAUGGAAUUGAGUCUUCUGUCUAUGGCAGUGAUCCAAUUAUAUUAACACAGCCUGAUAUGCCUUCAUUUGAGGUUAGUCAGUCAGAUAAAGAAACUGAUAAUACAUCACCCGUAGUAGAAUCAUAUUUACAAAAUCAACAAAGUUUUAACCAAAUACAGACUGAUGAAGCGAUUGGUUCCGGUGUAACUGCGCUUGAUACUUUAGUUCAAGAAACUGAUAAUACAUCACCUGCAGUCGAACCAUAUUUACAAAAUCAACAAAGUUUUAACCAAAUACAGACUGAUGAAGCGAGUGGUUCCAGUGUAACUGCGCUUGAUACUUUAGUUCAAGAAACUGAUAAUACAUCACCCGUAGUUGAACCAUAUUUACAAAAUCAACAAACAUUUAACCAAAUACAGACUGAAAGUUUCCCGACUGAUGAAGCGAUUGGUUCAAACGAACCAGACUUUCCCACUGCUCACGAAGUAAAUGAACAGAGUAGUUCAAUUGAACCAGACUUUCAAAUUGCCUCUGAAGUAAAUGAACAAAUUAGUUCAAACCAUCCAGAAUUUCAAAUUGCUCCGGAAAUAAAUGAACAAAGUAGUUCAAAUGAACCGGACUUUCAGAUUGCUCAUGUAGUAAAUGAACAAAGUAGUUCAAAUGAUCCAGCGUUCACAAAUGAAGUGAGUACUUUAAAUGAACCAGACCUUCACACUGCUCAGGAAGUAAAUGAAGAAAGUAGUUCAAAUGAUCCAGCGCUCAGAAAUGAAGUGAUUACUUUAAAUGAACCAGACUUUCACACUGCUCAUGAACUAACCGAGCAAAAUAGUUCAGAUGAACAGGACUUUCAGAUUACUCGACUAGUAAAUGAACAAAGUAGUUCAAAUGAUCCAGACUUUAGCGGUGCUCAAGGAGCGAAUGAACCCGGUUUUCAUAUAGCACAGGUGGUGAAUGAACAAAUAGCCGAAAUAGAGGGUAUUAGAGAUAAACGGCAGUUUGUCGGUGAUAAUAGCGAUAUGAAUGAACGGUGCGAGAAAGUUAACACUAGUAACGAUUUUGAGUCUAUUGUGAAUGAUUUGUCGCAGAUUGUAGGCGAUUCGUGUGGAGUGACAGAUUUACCACUUACAGAUGAUACCAAUUCCAUUGCAGAUAGUCUUGAGAAUCUCUUACAGAAAUAAAUACAUAAUUAAAUUCAAAAGCAAGAUCUUGGAUUGAAGAUUUGUUCAUAUAUUUGUUGUGGGGCAUACCUCAUAUGCUGCUAUUGACUUAAGCAACAUAUCUUGUUUAUUUGGAACUGAAAAAAGCGAACAUUAUUUUUGUGAUAAACGUAUUUUUCAGUGCAGUAGAUGUCUAUUUUAACAAACAGUUAUGUUUACUUUGAAAUGAGGAUUCGAGCAAGUUUAUAAUAGAACAUUUUUCAUUUGUUUCAACUAAAUAAGAUAGUUUUACUUUUAUAAUUUGCAAAACUUUUGGUGUAGUAAGUGUAU